AUGUUGACAACAUCUACUGUCGAUUAUGGAGAAAAACGCCCUACAAAGACCCCUCCGCUGAAGAGCGUCGAAGAAAACGAUCUAGUCGAACUCCACAUCGGCUGCCCUUGCAAAAUCAAGAUCAUUGAAUCCGCCGGUAUGUUACUUAUCGAGAAGUCUUCUCUAGAAAGCCAUAAUCAUGAAUAUUCCGCUCUUGAAUUUAAGAUGCCUUCACGAAAAAUCGCUUCACUUGAAGUUGCAAAGGGAUAUAAACCUUCAGAGGUUAACAAAACCCUACGGAACGCCAAAAAUGGGAAUCUCGAAGCUUUGGAGAUUGCUUGGGGUGCCAAUUUCUCCGCCAAAGCCGUUCAUAAUGCCACUCAAUCAUGGGUUAGAUCUCAUGGUUCCAUGGCUGAGGAGCGAAUUCCGAAAUCUACAAGUCCCAAAGCAUCCGAUGACAGGAUUGGCCCGACACGGAGGGAGCUCGAGACAAAAGACAUGCCAAAAGAGCUACGAGACACGAUUCUCCAGAACUGGAUAGCAUCGCUUCGUACGCAGACGGACUUUCUGAGGGUAAGGGAAUUACAGAACCCUUGGUAA